GCAUUUUCGUAACGCCCCUUACUAUGAUUUCUAGUGACGACGACAUGAAAAGCGAGUUGUACCAGCAGUAUUCUCAGGAGAAUACCAGUUCAUCCUCUUCGCACAACACACCUCUUCCAAUAGCUUUUCACGGAAAAGACCAAGACAACCACAGUAGACGUGGACUGAGAAAUUCAUUGGGCAAAAGUCUUGAGACCAUACGUCGAAGCCUAACUGGGCAGUCGGUGUUCUCCAACGUAUCUCAGUUUUCCGUCAAAGAAAUAUAUGGAGAUUUGAACAGUACUGAGAUUGAGAGGGAAAGAGCCAGAACCAAGAAGGAUGUUCUCAGUGAGAUCCAGCAGAACUUGGAUAACGAUGUGGAACCGUUUGUGUUACCAGAGAGUGGGUUACCCAUUGAAAAGGACGGCGAAGAGUAUGGUCUCAUAGAUCCAGAGUUAAUAACAUGGGAAGGGUAUGGAGACCCAGAUGAUCCUCGUAACUGGUCAGUGACGAAGAAAGUAUACCUUUUAGGGUUUGUGUCAGUCUAUGCGUUGGUGAGUCCUAUGUCAUCGUCGAUAUUGACACCAGCCAUGUCAGAUAUAUCCAAGGAAUUUCAUAUCACCGAUCCAGUCAUCACUUCGAUGGUGGCAUCCAUUCAGAUUUUGGCUUGGGCAGUGGGCCCUAUAUUGAUUGCUCCAUUGAGCGAAUUUGAUUAUAUCGGAAGAAAACCAGUACUAGAUAUGUCGAUCUUAAUGUCGUUUUUCUUCAACUUGGGAUGCAGCUUCAGUAAGAACACGGCACAAAUGAUGGUGUUCAGGUUUGUGGGUGGACUAUUUGGGUCUUCACCAUUAAAUGUGGGAGCUGGAGUCAUAUCAGACAUGUUUGAUGCCAAAUCUAGGAACGUGGCUUUGGCUGGAUUUACUUUAGCUCCAUUAUUGGGACCAGUCAUAGCACCUAUGAUAGCUGGGUUUAUAGUUGACAACUUGCAGUGGAGGUGGGUGUUUUACGUGUUGACAAUUUUCAACGGAGUUGUGGCAGUGUUGGGCAUGAUAUUCUUUAAAGAAACAUACUCUCCCAAGUUGUUGAAAGAUAAGGCCAAAGCCUUGAGAAAGUCUACUGGAAAUACCAACUUGCACACUAUCUACGAAAUCACCAACCAGAAGUUCAGCACCAGGAUGAUACUGACGAUGACCAGACCCAUCAAGUUAUUAUUCAUGCAUCCCAUGGUGAUAGGAUUGGGGUCAUUUUUGGCAUUUGUCUAUGGGUUCAUGUACUUGUUGAUCAUAACCUUCCCCACCAUGUUUGCUGAAAAUUACGGCUUCAGUAAGAGUGUUAUUGGGUUGAUGUAUAUCCCUAUGGGAGUGGGAUUCACUGUUGGAAUAGCCUUUUGGACCGUCGUCAUUGGCAAAACAUACGAGAGAUUAGAAGAAAGAAACAAUGGUGUAGCCAAGCCCGAGUUCCGAUUACCGUGCUUGUUUAUUGUGGGGAUUAUAAUCCCCAUUGGAUUGGUGUGGUACGGGUGGAGUGCUGAGAAGAAAUUGCACUGGAUCAUGCCUGGUAUUGGGUCUGGGAUCUUUGCAUUUGGGUUCAUUUGUGCCUUCCAGUGUUGCCAGAACUACUUGAUAGAUAUGAAUCCCAGAUUUGCUGCUUCUUCUGUUGCAGCAGCAGCGUUGUUCCGGUCAUUGUUUGGUUUCACAUUCCCCUUGUUUGCAAACAAGAUGUAUCGUGCUAUGAACUAUGGGUGGGGGAACACCAUGUGUGCGUUCAUAGCAUUUUUACUUGGUGUUCCUUUUCCAAUAUACUGCUAUUUCCAUGGAGAGGAGAUGAGAUGUCGGUUCAAUGAGAAGUUUGAUAACGAGCAGAAGGAGCAGGAUAAACAUGCGCUUAAAGCGUUAGCAUAGGUAUAAUAUAAUUAUAACAUAACAGGUUGUUGCACUAAUAGCUCACUUUUU